GAUAGAGUCAAGAUUGCAAUGGUGACCGUGAUUUGUGGCGUUUUGAUGUCGUCUCCGUGAUUUUCGUUGUCAUUAGAAUUAAGGAUCUCGAAAUUAUAAUUUGUAACAAUUAAAUUUUUUCCAAAUUAUUACGCACGUGUCAGUGAGUUCAACGAUUGGUCAAGUGGCUUAAAUUACAAUUUUAAGGAGACACGUUCAUUGCAAAGCAGGGUUCUAUCAUGGAAAAAAGAUCCGAGAACCCCAGAGACGCUGGUGCUGCAAGACAGAGCUCAAACGGCUCCCGGAAUCACAUAAGCUCGAAAAAAAACAAACGACGGGGUGGUAAAAAAAACAACACUAUUUCACAUAAUUCUGGAAACACAAGCUCUGGGGCCAGCGGAGGCAGUUUAGUCAGCGAAUGUGUGGAAUCUCGUCAACAGCCAAUGAAUUCCAAUUACAAAAAUUAUAUGUCUACAUCAACUGCAACAGCAGCAACAGCGAUCCCCUCACCAUCAGAAUAUGGGAAUGUGUUCUGGCAGCAAUCUGGAAUGCAGCAACAGUUGUUGACGACCACAAAUGGCCAAAGAUUAUUUGCUGCAGUCUCUGACCCCACAGUCUGCGGCUAUUCUCCCAUGCCUAUGACUUAUGCUAUGGAACCUGUUUCACUACCACCAAUGUAUCAGCUCUAUCAGCCAAUUGCAAGACCGAAUUAUAGAAGUUAUAACAGAGUAAGGACAAGGAGGAAUCAUGCACAACCUCCGAGUCCUGGUAUUACUGGGCCUAAAAUGAACCCAGGUAAUCAAGUGAAUGGAUAUUCCAGUCUCCAAGAGAAUAAUUUCUCUUAUUCAAUGGGAAUUGGGUAUCAGAAUGGAGAUUAUGCGAGUCUCCCACCAGUUGCUAACAUGGAAAAUGAAACCAAUGCUGAGGAGCUUAGCUCUGAACACAGAAGAUACUCUGACCCUGGUUUGGGACCUGCUCAAAUACCCGUCAACGCCAACAGCGAUGAUUCCGAAAGCCAGGAAAGCGGAAGCUCAGUUACGACUGUAGGAAGAAGUAGCAAACUCGUUUUAUCACUGAUCGAACAGGUCACAGCGUUAAAGGAAAGCAAUAGCCAGCUGUUUAAAGAACUGCAUCAAACUAAAUCCGAGUUGGAAAACGUUAAGAUCGAAUUGGGCAGACUGAAGCAAAGCAACUUCGCCGAUUAUCAACCGGGCAUGUUAUCAGAUAUCGUCAGAGAGAUGCGAGAGGCGGCGAAAGUUCGGGAAGAAUCGUUAAUUUCAAAAGUAAAAUCUAUGAUGAACGAGAAACAACCUCAGGCAACAAUCGAAUCGGUAAUUUCUAUUGAGGAACUUGACGAAUUGAAGAACCAAUUAACGCGGAUAACCGAAGAAAAGGCUGAAACUGAGACACGACUAGCUAAAGUGGAACACGAACUAGCUACGCUAAAAUCUAAUGCAAAUCACGAGGGCCAGGAAAUCGUCGCCCUUGAAGAAGAGACAUUGGCGUUGCGUCGCGAGCUUCAGGAGGCCCGUGCGUCUAGAACAAGUGCCGAAAAUCGCGCAGCAAAACUGGAAAAAUUGGUGGGAAUACUUCGCAAGAAGAUGAACGGCGCUAGCGCCGAGGAAACUGUUGCCGGCAUCCGUGGUCUCGUAGCUUCCGGUCUAAAUCCAAUCAACUCAUCUUCUGAAUCCGCGUCCGGCAUAAACGACGAGAUCUUUACAAAUAGCUGCAACAAAUCCCGAUCUACGAGCCCGUCAAGCGACGAUUCGGAUCAAUCACGAUCGAACACCCCUUCCCGAAACGAUUCUAUGGAUAAUGGUAAUAUCAGCAUUAAUUCGGGAAAUUCCGGACUAUCCGGACCAGUUACCGAUCUUUAAUUUAUCAAGGGUUCCAUCUUUUAGAAUCUUUUUUUAUAUCCCGUUCAACAAAUGCUACAUAAUGUAACACAUUUAUCAUUGCUCAGAAUAUCAACGCAACUAAUCGUGAAGGGUUGCAAUCGAUACAAGAUUUAGUCUUAAUUUUGAAGUGGUGGAAAACAUUUCAUUCUAUUAUUAUUACGAUUACUAUUAUCAUCAUUUCCUUCUCACAAUUAGUACAUCUAUUUUCGAUUUAACUUAUUUAUUUUAUUCCGAUGAACAAUAUAGUAUCGUCCAUUCAUACAUAAUUAUAAUUAAUAUCGAUUAUUGAUAAUUGUAAUUAAGAUUUUAGAUAGUAAUAUUACGUCACAUUUAUCCCAACUCGAAGAUAAACGAUCGAUUAUCCAAUUGCAUGAGUAAUCGAGAUAACUGAUCAAAGAAAUUAAAUAAAAACACUGCAAGAAAUGAAGCCACAGACACACGUAUACGAUAAUAGUAACAUAUUUUCGAAAAACAACUAUAUGAAUUAAUUAUACAAUGCAACGAUGUAGUUCAAGGAAGAAAACACAAUACGUAAAUUUGCAUAGUUUAGUUUCGUCCCUUUUUUUACAUUAUAAACGAAAAGAUCUUUGAAAUGACACGAAUAAUCAAUAAUAAUUUAUACAUGAAUUAAUAAUUAAUAAUUAUCAUAACAUACGACAUACUCGAAAUAUUUUUUACUCAAGAUUUUUGUCGGGUAAAUCUCAUUAUGUAAUUAAAUAUACAGUUAUCUUAUAAAUUUGAAGGAAAAAAGUAAUAAUUCCCGAUCAGAAUAAUUAUAACGACAGUAGUAAUAUGACAGAUGAUGCAAUUUAGGAUAGUUUUUGCGAAUCUCAAAGUGCCAUUAUUAUAUAUUUUUCAUAUAUAUAAUGAUAUGUAUGACUAACGAUUUUUUGAGUACUUACAUACAAAUAUAUUUAUAUACACACACAAUAUACAAAUUGAAUUAAAAAAAAAAAUAAAUCAAAACUAUUAAUUGCGAUUUAACAACAAGAUUUUAAUGAUACACCAAUGUACUUAGUAAACUUGUAAGAAACGAAUCAAAUAAUUUGUAAAUAAAUGAAUUACAUUCAUCUUUGAAUGUCAAAUAAAAA